AUGGCUAUCCCGGCGGACUCGGCCUCCAAGCUGGCCUUCCAGGGCCUCGACGAUGCCUGGGGAGUAAUCCGCCAGGGUCUGGAGGAGCUUUACGAUCCAAAGGUCAAAACAGUCACAUUCUACGCUGGACAAGCCAGAGAUCUGGUCAACAAGGCUCAAGCGAUGGGAGACGAGGCAGCCUUUGAGCCGCGGCCCUGGAAGAUGCCCUGGCAGUCGACUCUCUUCGACAGCGUCCUGGAGGAGACCCGUUAUAUGGUUGCCACGCUUGCUGCCAUUGAAACCUCAUUUGCGGAAGACGGUGUCGAGGGCGCAAAGAAAUGCGAGCCCGUGCGUCUACUAACGGAGCGGAGCAGCCUCUUCAACAAAGGCGGCAACACCAUCACGAGAAAGCUGGACAUUGUGCGAAGGCUGUUGGGCAUCUUUGCCCAUGAGACGUCCCACAAGUUCCCAGUCUUGUCAGAGCCUGAAGUCUUCCACACCUUCCGCGAAGAGGAGCAUCUGGCUGAAGAAGAGUUCGUUCAGAAGGAGCUGCCACACUUGUUUGGGAAAGACCUGCAGCCAGCAAAGACGAUUUGCCACGAUGAGAUGGCUCAUAUGUCCAUGGUGCUAGCAAACGUCAGCAGGAUGAAGCUUCUCUUGCGCGGAGUGCACGUGAAGUCUGCUGCUGGAAUCCUCAUUCCUGACUAUGAGCUUGCUGGCUUUCUCUACCAGCUGGUCCGUGAGAUCAAGUUCAGCAUUGAUGACUUUUCAGUCUUGACAGUCUUUGCAUGCAUAUCAGCAGGACGUCAGUGCCUUGGCCUGCCAAAGCAGCUCCAAAAAGAGUUUGCAGAGCUUGUCGGCACGACGCGUGAGUCAAGUCCGGGCCCUCCUUCCGACUAUUGGGCAGAAUCUGACGAAGGGCCGCCAACCCCGGCAUAUCAGAAGCCUCGCCGACCACGGCGACUGUCACAGCAGGCAAGCUUGGACAACAGCCCCGUGUUAGUUUUGGCCGCAACAGCUGGCGGCCACAAUGGCUCCAAGUCGCCUCUUUGCGAGCUGGAUCAACUGAGUGCGCUGCAGGAUGGUCAUCUUCUCCAGGCCGACGAGCCACUGACAACUCGAGAUGUGCAAGCCAAGCUUGCGCGGUGUGGCGAAGCCACGAGAGAGAUGGCCGAGGCAGACCUCGUGGGAGGCGUGGACGUUGCACCAAGCGCGGGGACACAGGCAGCCCUUCCCCAGAUGGGCUACUGGGUCCAAGUUGAAACCAUCCAUGGGCUGCCUCGAGCGAUCAAAAGUAAAUAUCACGUCAAGGCGUACUGGCUCGCCUGUCCUGAUGAGGCGGUCUUCUUUGAAGAAUGCUGCCCGUCGAUCCCAUCCCCAGCAGAGGAAGCGACCGAAGACUGCACAGUCAGGGGCCAAGUUCUAUUGCCCAAAGCGACGGCACCAGGGAUGGCUGCCGUGGAGGUCUUCCGCGAGGUUGAGGGUGGCGCCAGCGUCAUGUUCCGGACCGAGCUGAAUGUCAUGGACUCUGGGAACCACAGGCUCUUGGAUCACCAGCUCAAGGCCAAAAGCGACAACUGGGAUGCCAAGAUCCGACUCAGAAUCUGGCCACAUCCUCUAAGAAGAGCAUCGCUGGCAUCACUGCCGGCGGCGGCGAAUGGCAGAGGUGGUGCAGACAGGGAGAGCGGCGGAGUUGGAGCAUUGGCAGCGCUGGAUGCAAAACCAGCAUCGGAAUACGUCGAGGAGCUGGAGGAGGAGGAGGUAGAGGAGGAGCCGCUGGAAGACGACCCCAUCUUAGAAGAUGCGCCAGCGACCUCACCUGACAGAGGGAGGUGA